AUGGCUUCAUUGCUGAACCUGUUUCCAGUGUUACUGGCACUGAUUUGUGUGUUGGCCAGUACACCAGUCCAACGUGUCAACAACAGACCCAUCAUUGGCAUUCUCACAGAACCAACAACUUCUUUGAAGUUUGGAGACGAAUAUGUUGAAGCCACAUAUGUACACUUUUUGGAAAUGGCUGGAGCACGUGUUGUUCCUGUCAGAGGAAAACAACCAGUUGAGUAUUAUCAAAAAUUAUUUAGUGUGAUCAAUGGGGUGUUUUUCCCAGGUGGUGAGGCAGACAUAUCUACGGGUCCCUAUUACCAGUCAGGAAGAUACUUGUAUGAUAUGGCUAUCAAGGCCAAUGAUGCUGGGGAUUAUUUUCCGAUUUGGGGAACAUGCGAUGGAUUACAACUGUUGACAUAUCUUACAGCAAAAAAGGAUGUCCUUCAGAACACAGACACAGAAAACUUAACACUGCCAUUGCAAUUUCAGCAAGGAUACCAAGAAAGUCGACUGUUCAAAGAUGCCUCAGACAAGUUAUUAGGUUACUUAUCAUCAGAAGCCAUCACUCAGAACAACCACCAUUUUAGUCUCCUUCUUCACGAUUACAGCAACAUUUCAACCCUGAACAGUUUCUACCGCUUAAUUUCUACUAGCAUUGGACCUGAUCAGAAAGAAUUUGUGUCCACAUUUGAAGCAUUCAAGUACCCAAUCUACGGUGUACAGUGGCACCCAGAGAAGAACAUUUUCCUGUGGCGUACAGACCAAGCUAUCAGUCAUGACUUCCAUGCUGUUCAGGUCACACAGUACAUGGCUAACUUCUUUAUUAAUGAAGCCCGAAAAAGUUUCCAUCAUUACAACUCCACGGAUGAGGAAGCUCAUGCAGUCAUUGAGAAUGCUUUUCAGACAUUCAUCCCGGAUUUGAAGGCUGAAGAAGUAUUCUAUUUUAACUACACAGACAAUUAUUUUGUGAAUAAGUAUGGUGCAGUUUUGUAG